AUACUCAAGAGGGCGCGUGAAAUCCUAACUUAUGGAGGCGUAGUUGUUAUCGUCAGACUUUGAUAUUAUUUGUUAACUAUAGUAUAAAGAAAGUGACUUGUUACCGAGUUUGUAUAUUCUAGUGUGCUGUAAUGUAGUUUGAUUUUGAAUUAAUGGCUCAAUACUAGUUAGAAAUAUAUAACCAUGACAUGUUAACGAAGCUUGCCAUUUCUCGGUGAAUUAAGUUGUAUAAUAUUAAUACUAAUAGUCAGUAAUAGAUAUGUUAUGUACUUUUGUUAUUGAUUUAUGGUUUGUCUGGGUACUUGAAGUUGAACUCGGUUGAAAUUUGAACCUUUAACUAAAUAAAUGGCUUCGAAAUUUUCAUCAGAUAAACUCCCAUUAAUAGGAGAGGAGCUUGUUGGUUUCAGUAAAGAAUAUUUCCCAGCGACUCAGACAUUUCAAACUCGAAGCUCGUCAAAAAAGCUCAAAAUAUGCGUUCUCAUUAUUUUUUUGAUGCUGAUGCCCUUGGUAUAUUUCAUACUAAUGGGUAUGGAUGAUUUCAAUUUUCAAUCUAGACUUGCAGAAAAGCCUGUAACAUUUGUUAUUGUUGAAGGCCUAGAAGAGAAAUAUGCACAGAUUGAUAGCUCUUACACUAGCUUAUUUUUAAAUAAAAUUCAGACAAUUUUUUUUACAGUUAAAAACUUCACCCACGUUUUUUUGUUUGUUUUGGGUAACACUAGUGAAAAUUAUUUCAAAGAGCAGGAAGAAAACUAUGUAUCAGUGAUUGAGGUGGCUCCUCAUCUUUCAAACGAGCCUCAGUGUACAAGUAUUUCUAACUUGGAAAAAUUUGACUGUUACCCUGAUCCUGGAGUUAGUGAAUCUUCCUGUGUUGCUCGUGGCUGCUGUUGGAAACCCAUUGAAAAUCAUUCUUUAUCAGGUAAAAAUGUUCCACUGAAUACUCCAUAUUGCUAUUACCCUGCAAACUAUAAAGGAUAUUGUGUUCAAUCAUCUGGAGAAACCCCAACCCGGACACAGGCACGCUUUAAAAGAAACACUCCCUCAGGGUUUCCUAAUGAUGUAAAAGAAAUUGAAGUAGAUGUCAUAAGUUAUGAUGACCAGAGAUUACGAAUUAAGGUUACUGAUCCAUCCAGAAAACGGUUUGUGGUUCCAAUCCCUGAGAUUCCUAAUAAAGAAGAAGGCUUUUCCCCUGAUUACCAGGUCCACCUUAACACAACCACAGGUGAACUAAAAGUGACAAGGAAGCAGAAAGGGACUGUCAUAUUUGAUACAGACAUAUCAAGGCUGGUGUUUGCUGACCAAUUUAUUGAGUUAUCUACAAGAUUGGCAUCACAUUUCAUCUAUGGAAUUGGAGAACAGAAAGACCAUUUUCUUAGGCCAACUAACUGGACUCGUUACACGUUAUUCAAUCGUGAUCAAGCUCCUGUGGAACACAUGAAUUUGUAUGGAAGUCAUCCAUUUUAUUUAGUAAUGGAAGAAGAUGGUAAUAGUCAUGGUGUGUUUCUCUUUAAUAGCAAUGCAAUGGAUGUAAUUCUACAGCCAACUCCAGCACUGACUUUCCGCACAAUCGGAGGAAUUUUGGACCUUUUUAUUUUUUCUGGCCCAACUCCUGCUGAUGUAAUAAAACAAUAUGUCAAUCUGAUUGGCCGGCCAAUUAUGCCUCCUUAUUGGAGUUUGGGGUUUCAUUUAUGUCGUUAUGGUUACAAGUCUGUGAACGUUACACGAGCAACAUGGGAAAGAACACGCAAAGCUAAAAUUCCUUUUGAUGUCCAGUGGAAUGACAUAGACUACAUGGAACGAAACAAUGACUUUACUUAUAAUCAACAAGCAUUCAAGGAACUUCCUGCUUUUGUGAAUGAAAUACACAAUGCUGGAAUGCAUUAUGUUGUCAUGUUUGAUCCAGGCAUAAGUAGUGGAGAGGAGCCAGGGACUUACCCUCCUUAUGAUCAAGGUCUUCAGAUGGAUAUUUUUGUUAAGAACAGUACUGGCCAGAUAUUUGAGGGAAAAGUAUGGAACUACAAGUUAGCUGUAUUUCCAGACUUCACAGACCUCAGAACUGUGGACUAUUGGACUGAUCAGUUCCAGAAUUUCCAUAAGGAAAUCAACUUUGAUGGAGCAUGGAUUGACAUGAAUGAACCUUCAAACUUCUACAAUGGACAAAAAGAUGGUUGUCCUAAAGAUUCUCCAUUAGAACACCCUCCUUAUAUACCAGGAAAUGACCCUUUGUGUACGAAGACCUUUUGUAUGACUGUACAACACAACCUUUCUGUGCAUUAUAAUGUUCAUAAUCUGUAUGGGUUCUUUGAGACUAUAGCAACAAAUAUUGCAUUAGUUAGAACUCGUGAGCAAAAGAGACCAUUUAUCAUCUCACGAUCCACAUUUCCUGGUCAAGGCUAUUUUGGAGGUCACUGGGAUGGGGACAUUUUUUCAUCUUGGGAUCAUAUGAGAUGGACAAUACCUUCUAUCCUGAAUUUCAACAUGUUUGGUAUUCCGAUGGUUGGAAGUGACAUAUGUGGGUUUAAUGGAAACACAACAGAGGAACUCUGUGCCAGAUGGUCAGCUCUCGGAGCUUUUUAUCCUUUCUCACGUAACCACAACAGUGAUGAACAGAUAGAGCAAGACCCAGUAGCAUUAGGACCUCUAGUUGUGACAGCAGCUCGAAAUGCCCUUACAAUGCGUUAUUAUCUUUUACCAUUCCUCUACACACUCUUUUUUAGAAGCCACACUGCUGCUGAGACAGUUGUUCGACCUCUUUUCUUUGAGUAUCCAGAGGACAAGAAUACCUACACAGUGGAGACACAGUUUUUCUGGGGUUCUGCACUUAUGGUCAUUCCUGCUCUAUAUGAAAAAGUGAGUACAGUAACUGCCUACUUCCCAGCUGACACAUGGUAUGAUUUCUAUACAGGAACUUCUCGCCUAAGUACUGGACAGAACUUCACACUUGAUGCUCCUAUGGACAAGAUUAAUUUAGCGGUUCGUGGUGGUGUCAUUAUCCCUUCACAAGAACCUAAUGACACUACUACAGCUAGCCGCAAGAAUCCGUUCCAUUUACUGGUGGCUUUAGACAAAAAUGGUCGUGCAUGUGGGGAGUUGUACUGGGAUGACGGUGAUAGCUUAGAUACAUAUUCCAGAGGAGAGUAUAACCUGAUUGUAUUUGAAGCUGAAAAGAAUAGAGUGACUAGUCAGUUUCGACGCAGUGGUUAUGAAACAGCCAUGCCACUUAGACGUGUCAGAGUGUUUGGUGUUAGUUUUAGACCAACAUCUGUUCAUGUUAAUGGGGUUGCAGUACAUUUCCAGUACUUGGAUAUCACAAAGGUUCUGGAGAUUGAAGUUCUAAAAGUCUCUCUGUUGAAUCCUCUGGAUAUCAGUUGGAAGUAACUAGAACAACAGUUACCAUUUGUAAACAAAUCCUUUAAUAUAAUUUAGUAUUUUACUUAUAAUCAAGGUGUAAUUUAAACAAUAUAGCACAUUGUUUAAAUGACUAAAUACAAAUUUUUAUUUGGUAAUAUUUACAAUAUGUACUUUUAAUUUUUUAAAUUCAUGUUUAGUUGUCUUUUGAAUAUAAGGUCAGAAGGAAAAGGAUCUUACACUGCAUGCCACAUAUUUGAUUACAAGUAUGUGAAUUUGUGAAACAUUUCACUUGAAACAAAUAUCUCAAAAUGCUAAUUUUUAGACUUAAUUUGUUUAAAAUAUAUGCUGGUUUUAAGUCUCACAAUCUUUUUUAAAGGGUAUAUUAAAUAAGAUAUAUUUGUCAUUCUGUUCAGAAGUGAAUAUCAGUGUAUACCUGGUAUGUGUGUACAGAGGAAUUUAUAUCGAAAUCAUGGUAAUUAACCUCUGACAUGCUUCAGGUUCAGAAACUGUAUGAAAGGUAUGUUAUUUUAUAGAGGUUGUAUGCCAUUCUAUAUAAAGUGUAUGGCAUUUCAUCUGGACUGCUAAGGAAGUUUAUUAUUUUGGUCCUGAUAGAAAACUUUUGAUGUUUUUCUUAACUGUCUCCAUGAUUCCUAAAAGCUCAUUAUAUUACAAUAAUAUUUUAUUGUUCAAGACCUCUCAACAACUUGAUUUUAGGAUUUUAGUUGGGACAUGUUUUGUAUUUGUUAGUUACAUUCUGUUAUAUAUAUUUAUCCCAGUGUUUUUUUAUAUAUAUGAAUUUAUCUUUUUUUGGUAGACUACUACAUGAUUGAUGUGUAGUGUAUUUUCAGAGCAUGUGUUAACAUCAGUGUGAUUGUAGUGUAAUUUGAUUACAUUAGUAAUAUAAUUUUCAGGACAUUUGGUUUAACUUUAGUUUGUUAGAGGGCUGGUAUUAUAUCCAGCAUUGUUGGAGCACAAGUAUUAAAUCUCCAAUAACUGUAUGUAUUGGUGCAAUAUUAUAUGUGUUAAUCUCUACCUAAUUUUCAGGGCAAAUGUUACAACUUUUAUUUGCAGUAUUUGUGUUGUACCUUCUGCAUGAUAUAAGUACAUGUUAUAUCACCAAUUUGGUUGCAUUAUAGUAGUUAUUUCAUGCUUGCAAUAAAUCUUUGAUAUAAUUAAA